GCAUGCUUCGGCAGCUGCAAUAAACAAAUGGAGAAAAGCGAAGGAGCAGUGAGUGCCAUAGAAGCCUGAGGCCCGACUCUUCCUUCUUUCCACCAUUGCCCCGUCUCUCUUUUGUUCUACAGUGUUCAUCGAUCAUGGCCGUCGUCGGCGUCCUCGCUUUACAGGGAUCAUUCAACGAACACAUCGCAGGCACUCUGUCUUGCUCCUAGUCAUCGUUUUUUUAUAAACCUGACAUGAACACGUAAAUGGGUUUUUGAUUGGGGUUUUUGUGUCUUUCUGUGCAGCACUUAAGCGGCUUGGAUUGAAGGGAGUGGAGAUAAGGAAGCCGGAGCAGCUUCAGGGUAUCAGCUCUCUUAUCAUCCCUGGUGGAGAGAGCACCACCAUGGCUAAGCUCGCUGAGUAUCAUAAUCUUUUCCCUGCUCUGCGUGAAUUUGUGAAAAUGGGAAAGCCAGUCUGGGGGACUUGUGCGGGUCUUAUAUUCUUGGCAAACAAAGCUACUGGACAGAAAGAAGGUGGGCAGGAAUUAAUUGGUGGCCUGGAUUGCACUGUCCAUAGGAACUACUUUGGCAGUCAGAUCCAGAGCUUUGAGGCAGAUCUUCAAGUACAAAAGCUUGCAUCCAAGGAAGGUGGGCCUCAGACAUUUCGUGGUGUUUUCAUCCGUGCUCCUGCAAUCCUUGAAGCAGGGCCAGAAGUUGAAGUGCUGGCUGACUAUCCUGUUCCUACUAAUAAAGUUCUUUAUUCAAGUUCUUCUGUUGAAAUACAAGAGGAGAGUGCCGUGCCCGAAAAGAAAGUGAUUGUAGCUGUAAGGCAGGGGAACCUACUAGGAACUGCCUUCCAUCCAGAAUUAACAGCAGAUACUAGAUGGCACAGCUACUUUUUGAAUAUGGCAAGUGAGAUUGAAGAAGGGGCCUCAACCAGCAUCAUUGCUGCAAGAGGAGUGGAUCCAAGUUUUAACCAGCAACCAAAAUUUGAUCUCCCUAUAUAUCAAUAGCAACAAUGACACUAUUCUCCUCAUUUGUUUUACCCUUUUCGUCUAUUUUUUUCCUCCUCUUCACUCGUAGACUUGCCCUUGCAUCGACCUCUUUCAGUGUUGUAUGUCAAAAUUUAGUCUGCUUGUAUCUUUUUGGUUGCUCUCUUUGAGACAAAUACAUUAUUAUUAUUGUUAUUUUUUUUUUUUAUGAAUGAGACAAAUACAUUCUCAUGCAUUUC